GCUCGCUGAGAGGAUUUUCUCUGUGGCGGCAGCGCACCGACAGACAGAUUUCCCCGUCUUUUAGACACGGGACUGUUUCCAGAAGAGUUAGUAGGAGGGUCUACUUCUCCCGACCGCGAACCAAAGAGGGGGUACAAGCGCAGUGAUGACAUCUGAGUGUGUUUCCCCUCGAAAUAAAUGAGUUUCGCAUCCUCUGUUGCGCCUGUCCGCUGACCUGUCGGAGAGUAGUAAAACCGGAGAUGCUGGGGAGGUACAGGAUGGAUUACGUUUGCAUAACAGUGUUACUUUCAGCGGUCGGGGUUCUGGCCAAUCAGGAGCAUUGUCCCUCGGGCCAGUAUACUGCCGACGGAGAAUGCUGCAGGCAGUGCCAGCCUGGAGAGGGAGUCGUCGAACCAUGUGGAGCUACACAGACUGUCUGCAAGCCCUGCCUUGACAGUGAGACUUUCUCAGAAAAUUUGAGUCACACUGAGAAAUGCCAGCUUUGCACCCACUGCACGGGUCUCUUCCGCAUGAAGACGCCUUGCACCGACACCAACGACGCCAUCUGUGUGUGCGACUACGGCUACUACAUGAACGAAUUUUCCAACAAGUGUGAGCGAUGCACCAAAUGUCCUGAGGGCCAAGGCAUGCUCUACCGCUGUGAUUAUGACCGUGACACAGUGUGUGAGGAGUGCACCGGGGAUACGUACUCGGACCAGGAAAGUUCCCGGGAACCCUGCCUCCCUUGCACUCUCUGUGAUGAAGCAGAGGAGCUACAGAUACAGCCCUGCAACUCCUCCAGUGACACAGUCUGUAAAGAUCUGAAGCCCACAGGGAUCUCUCCUUCUCCCUGGCCGUUCACGCCUUCCACGCCCUACGACGACUUCCCGCCGGACGCCCCCCCGCCGGACGAGCCCACAGGCAGCGUCACCACCACCACCGACGGGGAUUCCCCCGAGCUGAUCUACCAGGGCUUGAACAACAAACUUAUCCCCAUCUACUGCUCGAUCCUCGCUGCCGUGGUGGUUGGCCUCGUGGCUUUCAUCAUCUUCAAGAGGUGGAACAGCUGUAAACAGAACAAGCAAGGAGCCAACAACUGCACGGCCAACCAGAACCAGACACCGUCACCUGAGGGGGAGAAACUGCACAGCGACAGCGGCAUUUCUGUGGACAGCCAGAGUCUGCAGGAGCAGCAGGGCCAGACGCAGGCACAGACAGUUGUCACCAUGGAUGAAGAGCCUUGCUUGCUCCUUCCUCUCCACACCAGAGAGGAGGUCGAGAGGCUGCUGUACAGGGGCUGCGAAGGAGACGAUCCCAACAACAUGGACGACAGCGACUGGUGCAACCUGGCGGGUCUCCUGGGGUAUGAAGAGGAGCGGAUUGCCAGCUUCCGGCAGGAGGUGCAUCCUGUCCGCGCGCUCCUGUCUGACUGGGCGAGCCAGGACUGCGCCAGCAUGGACACGCUGUGCACGGCGCUGCGCAAGAUCAACCGAGACGACAUCGCCCAGAGUCUGCUGCUCAGCCCCAGCGCUGCGAAGCCCACCGCCACAUCUGUGGUGUGAUCUAGGCCUAACAAAGAAGGAGCCAUUAGACCCUUAACUUCAAAAUAUUCUUCAGUUGCCUCAGUCCAGAUAAUUCAUGCUAUUACCGCUUGAUUGAUUAAGCUUUUCCCUCAUGAAGCCAGCAGUUACACUGAUGAUCAAACACACCGAUUCCAGUCAGAUCAUUUGAUCAUUAAGGAAGCUCAAAUGAGACAAAAACAGUGACUGUAAGCACAUCCAAAACCUUUCUCUCAAGGCUGUAACUAUCAGGAUGUCAUUGUAAUCAAUCUUUCUGUAUUUUACAAUUCCCAGCUUGUGAAAACCAUAAUAAAGGACAGCAUCUACCAACUCUUCCAACUCCACCCCUCGAUGUCAGAAACAACCAUAUAGUCAUUCUGAUGUGAGCCUGGAGAUUAGACUGUGUUUCCAACGUGCCCACACCACUCGACACCCAGCUUCCCAAUUCUCUGCCUUGUACAGCAUCAAACCCGGAGUAGCAAUGGGCUAAAAAAAAAACAAACAAAAACACUGAGCAGGAAUGUGCUGCCUUUUUGAAUUUAUACUGGAUCCCUGGUUCUUUUAUUCUGACACCUUGUUUUAUUUGCUUCACCGUUCUUGAUUCUCAAACUUGCAUGCCCUUCCACUUUCAUCUAUAAUUCAGUGUUCUAAGUUUCACUUUUCUGAUUUAUGCUACAAGAGGAGAGUAAACUCCUGUAGACCCAUGCCUGAGGAGCAGCAUUAUUUACAUGCCAAAUUAUUGUAAGACUUUUUUUCUUUCUUUCUUUCUUUUUUUUUUUUUAAGUUGACAAAUGGAUUGUGCCUCAUACUAUUAUGGAUGUAAUCUUACUCUUAACCUGGCUGCAUACCACAGAGGACCUGGAUCUUUACAAAAACAACUACCUGAGCAAGGAUAUUUGAGCCUGUUCUCCCUCAGCGAUCGUCAAACUUAACUCCAGCUAUUCACCGUUAUUUUAAAUGAUUCCUUAUUGUAGAUUGUAUUGUAGAGUUUUAAGCUGACACUUCGGUGUUUUGCUCAUGAACACUGUGACAGGACUUGAGGCGGCGGACACACAUUAGGUGACGCAGGUACUUAACCUCGAGCUAUUCAACACUGUCUUAAAUGGUUCCCGCAGACUCUUCUUUUCCGGCAAGUGCUAUAACAACUGGCUGGACUUUGCCAACUAGGCUUUCUGUGAGGCUGGCCGAGGCAACAUGACUCCAUCCAACAGUAUGUGCUCAGGCCGAUCUGCAUAACACUGGAGCUCCCACACAGGGCCCUUUACACUGACCCAGAUAGCAGAGGACAUGGUAUUCAAAAUGCAUUCACCCAGUAACAACUACGUAUCUGUACAUAGGCAGAUAACUUCACAUGAAAGCAUAUACACACACAUACAGUAGUAUGUAACCAUGCAUGUAUGUACCGUAUACAGGUAUACACACACACACACAUCAGUAUCCAUUACAUUCAGUAUGUGUUAACACUCUCUUGUUCAUACUAGGAGACACAAAAUUUCAGCCAAGAAGAUCCUGCCAUAUAUAAAGCACUCUAAUGAGGGGCUGGAUGAUCUACUAUAUAAUCUCUGGUCAAUAGCCAAUGUAAAGGUAGCUGAGAGUGUUUCAAAAGUGUUGAAAUUUAUAUUAAAUGUCAUGUUUGCUGUGUGUUAUGGAUGGUGAAAUGCUAUCUUACUGGUAAAUGCAACAGCAUGUAGAAACUAGCAACUCAUACUCAAGCAGUGCACAAAUACCACGACGAAAUGCACAUGUAGAUAAACAUAGAGCUGAACAGAACGGUCAAGAUGCAAAACA